AUGAUAUUUACUAAAUAUCUUUACUUACUUAUAUUUUAUAUGAUAAGCUAUACAGUAGCAGAUCGUCUUGGAGAAGAUCUUGAUGAAUAUUUUUGUGUUAAAACAGAUAAAUAUAGUUCUAAUAAUACUGAUAAUAAACAAGAAUUAUUAUUACCAUCCGUUGAUAGAAAAAAUAUUUUACCAAUAACUGCUUUUACACCAACGGCAUCAUUACCACCAAGCCGUAAUAUUAAUAGAGAAUCAUUUACAGGAAUUAAAGCACCAAUACUUAGGAUUCGUCACAAAACAGAUAAAACAAAAAGAGAAUUAGAACCUAAUACUAUAAAAUUAUAUAAACCACAAAAAAGAGCAAAUUAUUUAGUACAACCAAGAAAAGUUGUAUGUCUUGGUACACAAAAAAAUACAACAUUACCAAAUAAAAUUAUUCCUGGUUCAACAAAAACAGUAAAAUUAUCACAAAAACAAAAUAUUUAUGAUAAAAAAUAUAUUUUUCCAUCGCAACCAUCUCCACCACAUUCUGAUACUUCAUCUCAUGGUUGCAUUGAUUAUACAAGAAAUUUUGGAACUUCAUAUCAUCAAUUUAAUAAUGAUGGAAGAAUUUGUAUUGAACCACCAUCUAAUAGUAACUCAUCAUGUUCUAGUAGACAAACACCAGAAAUUGAAAUUGAUGAAUUAAUAACUAAUGAAUAUAAUACAAUUGAUUGCUCUGAUAAUGAUAUAUAUUUAGAUCAAAAUUAUAUGAUAACAGAAGAAAAUCCUAAGUUUGAAAACCAAGAUAAUUAUGUAGAAAAUAAAUAUCAUAUAAUAGAUGGUUGUUUUAACCCGUCUAAUAUGUACAUAACAGAAAAUACAAAAAUUUAUGAUAAUCAACAAAAAAAUGAUAAUAUUUAUGAAUUUAUAAAUCAAGGUAUAUCUUCAGAAAAAAUAGCAACAACAUCUACAACAAUUUCAAAUGAUAUUUUAUAUACAAAUUCAAUAAUAUCUGUUCCAGAACCUAAAUUAGUUACUGGAUGUUCAUUAUUACGUGGAAUGUUAGAAAAUAAUACUUCAGACUAUGAUCAACCUAAAAAAGCAAUUAAUGUUAGAGUAAUUAAAUCAGAUAUUGAAAUUCCUCAAACAGAGACAACACAUAUCAAUCAUUAUAGAGACUAUGAGGGAAAAUCUUCAGAUAUUAUCACAUCAUCAGGACCAUCAUCAAGAUGUUCAACUGAACCAUCUUCAAGAUUUUCUGUACCUAUUGAUAAUGAUAAUGAUUUUGCAUCAUUUUUUAUAACAGAAGAUCCUGGUAAUAAGACAGGACCAACUGAAUCAAAAGAACAAGUUGAAAAAAGAUAUAAUGAGGAUGAAGAAUUUAAAGAAAAAUUAGCUAGUAAUUCCUUAUUUGAAAAACCACAACUUCCUUAUGCAGCUUUUGUUACAUUAAUAUUAAAUAAUUUAAAUACUUAUGCUAUUAGUGUUUCUGAAGUAUAUGAUGGUAUAAUAUUUCUUUUUCCACAUUUUGAAACAGCUUAUGAAGGUUGGAGAAAUAGUAUAAGGCAUAAUUUAUCAAUGAGUAGAUUGUAUGAAAAAGUUGAAGCAAAAGUACAAAUAGGAAGUAGAAAAGCUUGUAUGUGGUCAAUGGUAAAACGUGAUGAACCAUUUAAUUUUAAUGAAAUUCAUAAAAUUGAUGAAAAUAUGAUAGAACAUAUUAAAAGUACAAUGCGAUUUCCUCAAUUAUGGGAACCAUUAAUUAAAGGAAAUUUAAAAUUGUUUCCAUUAAGUCAUUCUAACUUAAAAGCUGUAGUACCAGAGUUUAUAAGUGAAGAAGAAAUUGAAAAUUAUAUAUCAUAUAUUAGAAAAUAUGGUUAUUAUAUGAGACGUCUUGGUAAUAAACAUUUCAUGAAAUCACCAAGAAAAACAACCAAAGGAAGAAGAAAACGAGUUAAAAAAGAAGAUGGUACAGAUGAAGAUUCUGAAUUUACAAACAAUCCUGAUAAAGGCAAUGAAUCUUGCACUUUUGAUAAUAACUCUGAACCAUCAGCUAAAAAAAAUAAAAUAAAUGAAUUAACAUAUGAAGAUUAUCCUAACAAUAAUAUGACAAAAAGUGACAAAAAAACAAAAAAUAAACAAGACUUAAAAGGUGACGAAAAUAUUAAUGGAUUUGAUAAUUUUGGAAAGGUAUUAGCAAGUGAUCCAUUCUGUUUAACUCCAGAUGAAGAGGAGUCCAUAAUAAAUAAUUACUUUGUUUCAUGUAAUAAUUUUAGUGAUAUGACAGAUACAUUAGGGGAUUUUUCAUUUUCUGAAUUACAUGAUGCAAUUAUGCUUGAAAAUGACCUUGAUUUUGAUGAUAACAAAGAAAAUUACCAAUCUACAUUUAAUAAUCAAUCUCCAUUUGAUAAUUAUGAAGACUUAAAUACAAUAUAUAAUGAUAGAAAUAAAAAAAAUGAUCUGGAAGAAUUUAAUGGAAUGAAUAAUACAGAGGCAUCUCUUAGAGAUACAGACCAAUGGUGUUUAGAUUUAAUAUAA